GUACGUGGGCCUCAACUGUUUCAGCAAACAAGCACGUGCACAUCACGGGAUUAACUUUCCUUCCUGAAUUUACACAUCAUCAUCAUCUUCAGUUCCAUCUUUCCAUUCUACAGCCUCUGCUCUCCGCUGAUCGCCGUUGCUAUAAGACGGAGCUCCGUUACCUUUUCUAUCGGAGUUGACCCGGAAUAGUUUAUGAGCCUAUAUUCUUUCCAAUUUUUCUCACAUUACAGAACCCUUAUUAAACCCUUGAGCAUUCCACCACCGUCGUGGUCGUUGACGAUGAAGGACCGGCCGCCGCCGCCGUCAUCCGUUUACGUACCUCCACAUCAACGCCUCCUCCGUUCAGUAAUCACUGCUGUUCCGCCACAGUCCGGCGGCUUCCGUUCUACAGCAAUCGAUCCCAAACCUAUUCCGAACGCUCAGCAGCAAAUUCAGCAGCCACAACAAAUGCGAGUGCUGCAACAGAAGAGAACUUCACGAUUUGAUGAGGUUUUACUUUCUCAGGAAGUUUCCGCUUGUGAUAUUGACCUUACACCCUAUCAGGGUGCUGCCAUAUCUGACAACACUGAAGCAUGGAAAUCGAAGCUCACUGCUCUGUUACGCGACAAGGAUAAACAAGAGGUGCUCUCAAGGGAGAAAAAGGAUAGGCGUGAUUAUGAGCAAAUAGCAGCUUUAGCGAGCAAAAUGGGUUUAUAUAGCAACCUAUAUUCAAAAGUAGUUGUUGUCAGCAAGCUUCCAUUACCAAACUACAGGUUUGAUUUGGAUGAUAAGCGUCCUCAGAGAGAGGUGAUCUUGCCUCCGGGGUUGCCAAGACGAAUAGAUACUUUUCUUGGAGAAUACUUGUCUCAUAAGCCAAUGAGCGUGGCUGUACUUUCACGAUCAAGCAGUAAUGGUAGCAUAACUACCGAUGAGGGUCUAUUUGAGCAGCCAGAGUUACUCCCUCAAAGUAAGGCUUCCAUGGAGAACAUCCUUUGGCGUAGGAGCAUGCAAAUGCGAGCUGAGCAACAAACUUGGCAGGAAUCACCAGAAGGUAGGAAGAUGCUGGAAUUUCGUAGUAGUCUACCUGCAUAUAAGGAAAAAGAAGCAAUAUUAAGUGCCAUUUCACAAAACCAGGUGGUUAUUAUCUCAGGUGAAACUGGCUGUGGGAAGACCACACAGAUUCCCCAAUUUAUUUUAGAGUCUGAAAUUGAGUCUGCUCACGGAGCCAUGUGCAGUAUCAUAUGUACUCAGCCAAGAAGAAUAUCUGCUAUGACUGUAUCUGAAAGAAUUGCUGCAGAGAGAGGGGAGUUGUUGGGUGAAACAGUUGGAUAUAAAGUGAGGCUAGAAGGUGUUAAAGGGAGGGAUACUCACCUCCUCUUCUGUACCACUGGUAUCUUGUUGAGAAGACUACUAAUUGACAGAAAUCUGAAGGGCAUCACACAUGUAAUUGUGGACGAGAUUCAUGAACGUGGAAUAAAUGAAGAUUUUCUGCUAAUAGUUCUAAAGGAUUUAAUCCCUCGCCGGCCUGAGUUAAGGUUGAUUUUGAUGAGUGCCACCUUAGAUGCAGAGCUUUUCUCUUCAUACUUUGGUGGGGCUCCGCUGGUCCACAUUCCGGGAUUUACAUAUCCCGUUCGCACUCAUUUCCUCGAAAAUAUUCUGGAGAUGUCGGGAUACAGAUUGACGCCAGACAAUCAGAUUGAUGAUUAUGGUCAGGAGAGAACGUGGAAAAUGAACAAGCAAGCUCCAAGAAAAAGGAAAAGCCAGAUUGCUUCUGCUGUUGAGGAUGCCCUCAGAGCUGCUGAUUUCAAAGAAUUUAGCCCUGUGACACAGGAGUCUUUGUCUUGUUGGAAUCCUGAUUGUAUAGGCUUCAAUCUUAUAGAACAUAUUCUAUGCCAUAUUUGUGAAAAUGAAAGGCCUGGUGCUGUUUUAGUUUUUAUGACUGGUUGGGAUGAUAUAAAUUCUCUGAAGGAUAAGCUACAAUGUCAUCCUAUCUUGGGAAAUACCAGCCGUGUUUUAUUGCUGGCAUGCCAUGGUUCUAUGGCUAGUACGGAGCAGAGGUUAAUAUUUGACAAGCCUGAAGAUGGAGUGAGGAAGAUAGUGUUGGCUACAAAUAUUGCUGAAACCAGUAUCACAAUCGAUGACGUAGUUUAUGUUAUUGACUGUGGCAAGGCAAAAGAGACGUCAUAUGAUGCACUUAAUAAUACUCCUUGUUUGCUUCCUACUUGGAUUUCAAAGGUUUCAGCUCGACAAAGAAGGGGAAGAGCCGGACGUGUUCAGCCUGGAGAAUGCUAUCAUCUCUAUCCCAGAUGUGUGUAUGAUGCUUUUGCUGAUUAUCAAUUACCAGAAAUUCUGAGGACCCCUUUGCAAUCCCUUUGUUUGCAAAUUAAAAGUUUAAAACUCGGUAGCAUCUCUGAGUUCCUUUCAAGGGCUUUGCAAUCCCCCGAGUUAUUAGCGGUUCAAAAAGCUAUUGAGUAUCUGAAAAUUAUUGGGGCUUUAGAUGAGAGUGAAAAUUUGACUGUUCUAGGACGUUACUUAACAAUGCUUCCAAUGGAGCCUAAACUCGGAAAAAUGCUUAUACUUGGUGCAACUUUGAAUUGUUUGGAGCCGAUAUUAACUAUCGUUGCUGGUCUUAGUGUCCGAGAUCCCUUCUUGACACCGCUUGACAAGAAAGAUCUUGCGGAUGCUGCUAAGGCUCAUUUUUCACGCGAUUAUAGUGACCAUCUUGCUCUUGUUCGAGCAUAUGAGGGAUGGAGGGAUGCUGAAAGAGACCUAGCUGGAUAUGAGUACUGCUGGAAGAAUUUUCUGUCUGCACAGUCUAUGAAAGCUAUUGAUUCUCUUCGCAGGGAGUUUUACUCUUUGCUGAAGGAUACUGGUCUUGUUGACAGCAAUAAUACCAUCUAUAAUUCUUGGAGUUACGAUGAGCACCUCCUUCGAGGAAUUAUCUGCUAUGGGUUGUAUCCUGGAAUCUGUUCUGUCCUGCAUAAUGAGAAGUCAUUUUCGUUGAAAACAAUGGAAGAUGGUCAGGUGCUUUUACACUCGAACUCCAUUAAUGCCCGGGACUCCAGGAUACCAUAUCCCUGGCUGAUUUUCAAUGAAAAGAUCAAAGUAAACUCUGUCUUUCUCCGGGAUUCCACAGCUAUCUCCGACUCAGUGCUGCUACUAUUUGGAGGAACCAUCUCAAAAGGGGAAGUGGACGGUCACUUGAAAAUGUUAGGUGGAUACUUAGAGUUCUUUAUGAGCCCUACUAUAGCAGAAAUGUAUAGAAGUCUAAGAAGAGAGCUUGAUGAGUUAAUUCAUACUAAACUCCUGAAUCCUAGGAUGGAUGUACAUAGUUAUCAUGAACUUCUGUCAGCAAUACGGUUGCUUAUCUCAGAGGAUCAAUGUGGUGGCAGAUUUGUUUUUAGUCGUCAGGUUUUACUAACUUCCAAGCCAUGUGCUGCAGCAGCACCACCAGCUCCAAUGUCAAGGACAGAAAGUGGUCCUGGAGGUGAAAAUUCUAAGUCUCAGCUACAGACGUUGCUGAAUCGAGCAGGGUAUGCAACACCAACGUACAAGACAAGGCAACUUAAUAACAAUCAGUUUCAAGCAACUGUAGAGUUCAACGGGAUGCAGAUAAUGGGACGGCCUUGCAACAACAAAAAACAAGCUGAAAAAGAUGCAGCAGCUGAGGCUCUGCAAUGGUUGUUGGAAGGGCACCGUGCAGGUCCUGAUUACAUUGAGCGGAUGUCUCUGAUUCUGAAAAAGAGCAAGACAGCAUAGAUGAGUUGGGAUUAAAGCAGACGUCACAAACUGGCACUAGUGUGAUGCUUGGGACAGCCUCACGUCCUUGGUUUUGCUCGGGAUGAGUUCAUAGGAGCAUGGUAUUUUGGCAGCUUUACAAAUAUACACGAAUAUGAUAUGCAACCCAUGAGCAAUCAUAAAGUAUGCCUACUAAUGGCAGACUGAUUUUCAAGUCUCAUGAAAAUGCGCGGUGGGCUCAGCAGCAUAGACUGCCUCUGAAAUCUGAAAUAAAACUAGAUCCGAGGGGCAGGGGAACAAUUUUGGAUCUCUUGGCUUCUUUUGACUUUGUCCUAAGUAUGCCUUUUCAGCUGCUCAGCCUGGUCAUCGAGGGAAUGCACCCGAAAUUACAACAUUUUAGCAAUGAGGAAAUGUGUCAUAUAUUUGCGAAGCAAAUCAAUGCUCUGGCAUUGUUAAACGCAAUGAUCAAGUUUAUCUUUAUCCUUUUGUAUAUAUUAAAGGUUUAUGAAAUCAUUCCAUUUUGCUAUUAAUGGCUGCUCUGAGAAUUUUGGAAGGUCAGCUAUCUGGAAUUCUCUUUUCAUAUGCUUUUCCUUAAUGGGUCCGGUGCCUGUUGGUUACAUCUCGAGGCUAUUUGACUGCUCACUGAUGAAUAUACGCAGAGGCGAAUCAAGAAUCUUAAGCAAUAUCUGUGGAGUAUCACUACAUCUAUAAUUCCUUUGCAGAUAUAGCUGUCAGUCUAACAUAAGUAUGUACGUUUUUUAGAAUUGUUUUAAUAUACGUGUGUUUGCAUACAAUUUUCAAGCUGAAGCCAACGAGUUUGGAGUGCGGACUUUCCCAAACAGCUGCAACACCCAUGUCGGAUCUUUCAAAAAUCACUACUGUUGGAGAAUCCAACACGCCCCCACCGGCAUUUUAGGAGAAUCCGAGCAACAUAACUGCUGAUAGGCUGCUUGAAUAUCGUUAAAGUGCUCAAAAUGCUAGCACCAGCAUGAGCCUGCAAGUGCAAGUGGUUGGUUGCAUGUACAAGUUAUUAUGAUUUGUAAUUCCUACCUUUUCAGCAUUUUCAAAGGGUGUCAGGUUCAUUCUACUAGGUAACACUAAAAACUCGUGUAGUUUUAUGGCUAGAAGUAGACUCUUACGAAUUUUCUCUCCUCUCAACUUUUCAAGGAAAUCGAAUUGACAACUUAUAAUCAAUCUAUUCAAAUGGUACACGUGUCAUUGAUUUUAAAGGAGGGUCAA